CGACGUUUGGAUGAAGCUUUUUCGACGAGCCAUUCGUGUGUAGUGAUUGGAGUUGUUAUAGAAUACAAUAGACUUAAAACUUAUUAAUUUGUAAAGGUAAUUGAUUUGUUCUCUUGGUCUGCAAGUUCCAACAUAUUGAUUGAAGAUUUCAGGCUAACUCUGAAAAUGGGAACCAGAGUUUUCAUUGGAGGAUUAACAUACCGCGUUCGAGAACACGACCUUGAGAAGUUCUUCCGGAAAUAUGGUAGAAUCAAGGAAAUCGCAAUGAAGAAUGGAUUUGCGUUUGUGGAAUUUGAUGAUUACCGUGAUGCUGAUGAUGCUGUGUACGAAUUGAAUGGAAAGGAAUUACUUGGAGAAAGAGUCUCUGUAGAGAAAGCGCGUGGUACACCGCGCGGGAGUGACAUGUGGCGAGAUUGGAGUAGAAGUCGAGGCCCUCCCCCGCGAAGGCGGAGCCGCGAUCGGGCCAAGGAUAUGGAUGUCUAUUAUCAUGACAGGUAUGGACCACCAACAAGAACUGAGUAUCGCUUGAUUGUGGAAAAUCUUUCUAGCAGAAUAAGCUGGCAGGAUCUGAAGGAUUUUAUGAGACAGGCUGGAGAAGUUACAUACGCUGAUGCUCACAAACAGCGUCGAAAUGAAGGGGUGGUAGAGUUUGCGUCAUAUUCUGACAUGAGGAAUGCACUUCAAAAGUUAGAUGACACAGAACUUAAUGGCCGUCGUAUCCGCCUAAUUGAAGAUACACAUUCGAGUAGAGGCAGACGGUCCCGUUCGUCUAGUUCGCGGUCUAGGUCUCCUUCGCGUUCCAGAUCACGUCGUCGCAGCAGGACUCGUUCAAGAUCCAGGAGCCGUGUUAGUCGUUCAAGGAGUCAUUCUAAAUCUAAGUCUGUUGGUCGUUACAAAUCGCCAUCUCGUUCAAAGUCAAGAUCACGCUCAAAAUCAAAGUCCCGCUCAAAGUCAAGAUCACGCUCAAAAUCGGAGGAGCAGUUUGAUGUAAAGGCAAAAUCGCGGUCACCUUCAAGCUCGGGGUCUCGUUCAGAGACUAGACAGAGAUCCAAAUCAAGAUCUUUAUCAAGACCAGAGAUGGAAGAGAUGGAUGCUGAGUCUGGUGAGAAGUCUCCUUCAAGAUCACCCAGCAGGGAUGGGAGCAAAUCGCCUAAGUCCACCCGUGGGUCUGAAUCCCCCAAGAGAAGUGGUUCAGAGUCACCUGAUGAAAAAGCCGAUGAUGAGUAAGAGUUCAUUGCUGGUGUUCUCUUGUGGAGGAUGACAGUGCAGAUAGAGACUGUAAAUUUAUAUUCAGUAUUGGAUAAUGAAAUCUGAAUAUUCCAGGAAAAAUUUCCGCCUGUGAAAAUAAAGUUCCAGUGAGUGAUGUGCAGGUACACACAGGGGAAGGUAAUUAAAACAAAAAUGACAUUAGGUAACUCUGGAGUACUGUACACAGAAGGGUACAAAAUGUUGUUGUGUUUCCUGUGAAGUAUGUGAGCUCUGAACUGUUUCAAAGUUUGGCGUUCAGAAUUUCCCACUGCAAGUAAAUAUUCAUCAUGCAAGAGUGAUAAGUGUUUUCACACAUCUAAUUAAGUGGUUUGUAAAAAUGACUUUUAAAAACCAGGAUAGCCAGAAACAAUUCCUCUUGUGUAAGGCCGAUCUUAAUGCUAAAAGAGAGAGAGAGAGAGAGAGAGAGAGAGAGAGAGAGAGAGAGAAUUUUACAAUAGAUUGUAUACUGCUUGGUCCUUUGCCCUGUUAUGUGUGUGCCCAAAAUAACUAAUUCUAGAAGCAUUCAACAUUAAAACAUUUACCUACUUCCCAAGUACAGGAAAAAAAUGUGCAGCAAGAAUAGCACUAUACAGGGUGUUUCAAAAUGAACAUACUGAUUUUAAGGCGUUGUAGCAUUUAUUACGUUCAACUUACAAUUGUGAAUAAUAAACAAAAUGAAAGAGCAACUCCCAAACAGUUUUGUUUGUACACCUGUGCGCAAUGGGAAGAGUAUGGAAUGACAGAGUGACUGAAAAACGUGUUGAACGAGUGCGAGACUUUCACACUUAGCCCCAAGAAAUAUCCCCACGGAAAGUUUAUGGGUGGCGAAUCAACUGUAACUGAUGUUUCUUAUCUUGAAGUGAUACACCUAUGACCUGUGCCUCAAUGGGAAGAAGCAAAACAACACAUCUUUAUUUGGGAGCAAGAUGGUGCGCCACCUCACUGGUAUAACUCAGUACGCGACUGGUUAAACAAUGUUGUAUCUGACUGGUGGACUGGGUGAAAGAGGCCAGUUGACACAGCAUUUUUAUGCAUGACCUUCAUGUUCACAUACGUGUUCAUGUGUGUGUACCUCUGAUACCAGCUGAUCUAUCCGAUGUUAGACACAGUGUUAUCGCAACACUUACCCCUGACACAUUGAUCAAGGUAUCUGAACAACUUGCCUAUCGACUCGAUAUGUGAUUGGUGCUCACACUGAGUAAUUGUAAGAAAAACUGUUUCUGUUUCUCUUUCAUUUGGUGUAUUAUUUAUAAUUGUAAGGUGAAUGUAAUACGUGCUACAAAGCCUUAAAACCUGUAUAUUCAUUUUGAAACACCCUGUACUAUUAGAAUUGGUUUGCUGGACACUUCAUAGUGUUAAAAUAUUUCCCAGUGCUGAAAUACUGCUACAGAAUAUGCUACCUUUAUAAUUGCCAUGAGACUGAUAUUAAGUCUUACAGUUUUUUUAUAGGGUUAAAAUACCUCAUUUACUUUGCCAUUGAUAUUGCAGCAAGUCAAGUGGUAGGGGUCAUCCACCAUCCAAUUUUAGUUCUUUCUCGAGUGCCCCAUGUCGCUAUACUUGAAAAAAUAGAACACAAUUUAACCUCUGUACCUGUGGCCUCAUUUCUGUUUUCUGGCAUAUUCUUCUCAUGGCCAACUGGUGAAUAUUAGAAUGUAGUUUACUGUUCCAGAAAAUUGUAUGUAAUAGCAAUGAAAUUUACACAUUGACUAGUGUAAUUGGCCACUGGAGUAUCUUGUAUAUUAUGUGUGUGCUGCAAAACAAUUUGGUGUUGGUUAUCAUGAAGUUAGUCCUACAAUACAUAGACAUCACUGUAUCAUAUUUCUGUUUGUUUGCUACCUUGAAUUUUAAAACUUACACUGAAUGUAGACACAAGUUUGAUGUAAAGCAGUAUUACCACAGAAUGAAAGUUUUGAGCCUAAGCAUUUGUUCUUUAAGCUGUAGGAAAUUCAUUGGUCAAAGGUCCAAGCAUUAUAGAAAUCUCAAAUUCUUAGAAACAAGUUGUGCUGUGUGUUUUAUUUUUUGAAAAUGUCUGUAAUCAUACAAAAUCUGUGUGUGUAAUGUUAAUAGUUAACAUUUUCCAACAUCAACAUUAUGUUGAAUACUAAGACAGUGAUAGAGAUGACUGACUGUAGUCUGGUGUCUAAUUUUAAUUACUUAAUGAAAAUCAUGAAGUUCGAUUACAUAGUGUCUCAUAUUGGUAUGCAAUUUGAUAUUUUAAAGUUAUGACUUAGACAGCUUCUUUAGUAAAUGUUGUUUGUACAGGGAAAGGUGAAUAAAAUUUUACAGCAGCAGCAGAACUCUUACAGUGUGGAAUUAAGAUACGUGUUUUUGGAAGUGACAAAACAAUGUAAAAGUGAGAAAUUUAGCCACUGGUAGCUACACAUAGUUCGGUGUUAGUUGACUUUGACACUGUGUUUGUGUGGACAGAUAGAGACUGCAUAGUUUUUCAGUCAAGAAGUUGAAGUUCUCCGACGUUACAUGUGAAUGAAUCCCCUUACUGCAUUGUAAGUGUCAGACAUAAAAGUGGUAAAAUGAAAGAUAGAGAUUGAUUGAAUGUGGUGAUAUAUUCUUGUAAAAAGUUUUUGUGUCUGAACUUUUGGACUUGAUUUCAUGAGACUGUGAUGUGACUGAUGUCAGGGUCAUUUGACUAUUGCAUAUGAAGAGAAUUAUGUUACAACAGAAGUGAGAAAUUAGUACUCAUAAACUUGAUCUCACUGCAGAAUUACAGGCCUGUACUUUAGUAUUGCAUUGUGAAGAUUGUUUAAAUUGGAACCAACGUAUUUCCAAAACAUUACUUUACAGUGAGUCAAGAUUGAAGUUUGUGGAAUAUUGCUGCUUCUGUAUAGACAUAUGGAGUGCAGUGUGUAGAUUUAAAAUUGUGGAGUUAUGCUGUAACUCUUAAGUUGUGAAAGAAGAAACCUAUCAGUGAAGUUUAACUGGUGUUGUAUACUCAUUUGUUUCCUGUAAGACUAAUAAUGGAAGUUGACUUUCCAGAUGUUUAAGUUAAAAAUUGAAAGAGAUCACUAAAUUUACAAUCAAAUUGAUUGUAUACUUAGAAUAGGAAACUGAUCAAUAAAUUAGAGCUUCAAUUGAGGUGUGAAAAUUUAGUGUAUUUUUGUGGAAUUGGUUGAAGACGUUGUUGGGAAGAAGGUGACACCUUCUCCAAACCAUCUGCAGGGGUCUCAUUUAUUAGAAAAUUCAGAUAUUGCACCUAUUAAAUGAAAGGAGCAACUUAAAAGAACGGAAGGUGCAGUUUCUGCUAUUGCAUUUAAUGACUAGUGUAUCUUCCAUGUUAUACAGUGUUGUAACAUUAGAUGUUUUGUAUCCUACAACUGUGAUGAGUGGUGGUGUUUGUUCAGAAAUCUGUUACUUUCAAAGAUCUGCUACCUGGUAAAAAAAAAAAAAAAAAAAUAAGGCAAGUUCCAACUACAAGCAAGGCCCUUGAUUGAUACAUUGUCUCUAGUAUAGCAUUCAUUCAUUUCAUCCCUCCUCCACACAACACCUAUUCCCCCACAUGCAUCCCCUCCUUUCAGUUCCUCCGUAAACCCUCCCCCCCCCCCCCCCCACCCUCUCCAAUAUUCUGCCACACUCGUCCUCCAUUACACACUCAGCUUCCUUGUUAAGGCAGCAAGGCAGUAUUUUUCUGUUACAUUUAGGACAUAGUAGUGAUAAUAACAACUAAGAAACUGAGAUGAUGUUUAUGCGAGGUUUUAACACAGUUGUAACAUUGCCACAGCUACAAUUAAUGCACUGAAUAACAAUAAUGGUCAUAACACAUGUUUGAUGUACAGAUUUAACUAAACUUUUCUUCGGGAUCUGGCCUUCCUUUGUCAAUAGUUAAUAGUUCAUUGUAGUCAACCUAAAAUAUUUGCAUUUAAAGUUGAGGCAGUCUCCUAAGUUUAUGCCAUCCACUGGGGACCAUUGUUUAACUUUAGGAGGCACACUGGCAUGAGCACAGUAGUUCAGUUGGUGCCAUGGGCCUUCUUUCAUGUGAAAUCUUUGUCAGACCUAGGAUUUGGAUGUGUAACAACUCAGUAAAAUGUACCACAUAGUUCCGUAUUUAAAGCCAUACCUCUCUUUCAGUUUUUUGUUGUAUAAAUUUGCAGUCCAGUUCAGGGGACAAGGGAAAAUAUACAAAAAAAGCAAGUUCCAACUACAAACAAGGCCCUUGAUUGAUACAUUGUCUCUGGUAUAGCAUUAUAGAGCUCUGUAUAAAGUUAAAUAGCUCAAGACUGGGUGAAACCUAUUUCACAGCAAAAUUUAGUGCAGGACUCAGUUAUGCAAAGGAAGUUAACAAACAAUAAAGUCAGACUGGUACGUGAACCCUGACUCUUCCCUUUCGUGGGUAGUAGCCAUAGUGAGUCAGCUAUCCAAACAUGACCUAUGAUCCAACUGGAAAGUAUGAACUACCAGUAGCUUUGUUUUACUUCCCAAAUUCUUUCACCUGUGGGAGAAAGGAACUAUGAGAGGCACUAUUAGAUCAUCGUUCCUGGAUGCAUUGAGUGUCAUCUGUUAAUAUCUCGGUAAGAGCAUUGCUCAUGAAAGCUGGGAGUCUGGGCUGAAGUUUGUCUAGAUCACAGUUCAAUGUUGGGAAGCCUUAUAACUGUAUAUAUUCAGCUGCAGAGUGAAAAUUAAUCCGGGAAAUUUCACAAUGUAUGUUUUAGAGUAAUAUUGACCUUUUUGUGAAAGCUGGAAAGCAGCUACUGAACAGAAGAGCUCAGAAAUCCGAGAUGACUGGUACAUACCUAAAUUGAAUAGAUAUGGGCAUCUACCAUAAUAUGUUACAGACAGACGUGUGUUUUGACCAAUAUGCUUAAUGGCAAAUAGAAAAUGUUCCCCAUCCAUUCUCUCUCUUUGCCAGUUACUAAUUGACCCCAUUAAAACACCUUAAUGACCAUUGAUCCCUGUACCUCUGCAUUAACUUAACAUGCAAUCCUUUGGGUUUCUGUCCGUGUUGCACAAUUACCAUUCAUGUGUUUGUUUUAAUGACACUGUGAACUCAUGAGCAUUGUUGUACUUUGUAUUCACUUGAAAAUCCUGUAUUUUUUCCUUAGACAUCCUCUAUUAAUAUGAUUAAGCAGGUCUUGUCUGUACUGUCAAUACAGCAUCACUAAUUUGAUUUAAAAAGUUCAGCAGUUCUGCUGGAAAAGUUGGUAGUAAGUUACAAAUUUCCUUUGUUAUCCAUCAUUUAAUGGCUGCAUUUCAUACAUUUACUCCUCUGCCGUAGACUGAGGACAGCUUAUUCUUCCCAAAUUUUCCAUGGAGGUGGGAAUUAAAAGAGAAACCUUUCAUAUGUCAAGUUACUUGCCAUAUCUCAAACUUAUAUUUGUAUGAGACAGCCCUAUAAUUACUGUGAAUUAUAUUGUUUGUUGGGAUUAUUACUUUCAUGAAGACUGGUGUUUGUGAUGAGAAGAAUUAAGUUAAUUGUGAAAGUGUUCCUGAUUUAGCAGUACUUUGUUGACUUUAUUUAUUGUUUCAGUUUAAGUUUUAAAUUUAUCAAACAAGAAAUUACACGUGUCCCUGACUUAGGGUGGGCAUCAUUUAUUAUGAUGUCGGGAAUUUUUGAUGUCUGGAAGUAUCCAAAAAAUUAUGCAAUAAUCAUCACAUGUGGUCUUAUUCUGUCUUAAAAGUUUCACAAUACAUUAAAAAGGAUAUGCUUCUGAUAAUUUUGAACAGUACAAUUCUUAAGAGAGGAUUUUCGGCUAUUACUGAUGAGUUUAUCUUAGAAAUGAAAAUUUAGUAAAAUCUGAAUUGAUGUCCGUUAAUGUGCUUGCUUCAUAAGGACAUAGCUUUUUGAAAACAUAAACUAUUAGAUUACUGUCCAAAUGAUGUGGUAAGAGUCUAUCUAAAUGAUAUGGUAAUAAUUUAGUCGCUUCAGACACAAAUUAAUGUAACUAAUCAUUGAGAGUAAAAAUUGAAUGAUCAAGUAUUAAAAGCUUAAAGUAUAUUUAACUUGCUUGAUAUGGUACGUAUCUGAGCAGGUCGCGGUAAAGCUGAUACGCAGAAAAUUAUUGUGCUUUAGUAAGAAAGGAGCUACCAAAAUGGAUGUGUACCCUAAGUUGGGGAUUGCCUGUAAUUUCACAAAGGUAAAAACUGUUGACCCAAAGUUUUAACUAGAGACUUAAAAGUAAUGAAGUAACAAUAGACUGUGAAUGUGCAGGGCACAGAAGUGAACAUGGCAUUGCAGUAAUGGUGAUAAGUGUGUGAUGUGUAGAUAUGUCUGUGUGAAAUUUUGUAACUGAAUUUGUGUAACUUUUACAUCUUUGAAUUCCUUUUUAAAAUUCUUAAUGUUAUAGAUGUUUCUUGUGUUAGAAAUGCUGCUGGUGUCUGAGCUGAGUGUGUCCAGAACAUUGUAGCAAGUGUCUCAAUAAAUUAUCGAUGGAAAAAUUAA